GUACACAUGCAUAAGGAGUUAGUGCCUAUGGUUCGAGUGGAGCGCUGUUGUCGCUCGCUUUCAUUCAGUUUUUGUUAGAUCGUUUUAAUACGUUCACAUAAUGAGUAGUUAACCUUUUGCUGAAUGUUGAACGGAGUUGUGUAGCGGUUAAGGUCGUGACUUGCUCGGUACGUUUGAGAAGUCAACGGAUUGUGAAGCUAGGGUCUUCGAGUUGACAUUUACUCAGUGCUGUUAUUCAUUUGUGCAAAUUCUCUGCGACAAUGGCCUCACUGAAACGUUCUCCAGAACUGGAAGAGAUCAUUACGGACACCCAGAUGGAUUCCUUGGCAGUGGGGGAAGUAUUCUAUGCAGCUGUGGCAACUACGGAUAUGGGUCUGCCAGUGGGACAGUGUCGACGCUGUUCCCAUGUAACUGGCUUGGACCGCUUCCAAAUGAGAAGAGUUUCGGAAGAUAUCGUCAGGCGGCACUCACUCGUUCCAGAUGCUAACGCGCUGCUAAGAAAACACUCCCUCAACAUAAAUCUGCUUAAUGGACGUCAGACGAUACGGCGUACAACAAUUGACGAAGCAGAAACAAAAGAGAUGCAGUUUGAAGAAGGAGGUCGAGCUACCGCUAUUCAGAUUGCAAUUCCGUUCUUCGCCGCUGGACUUGGAAUGGUAGCUGCGGGUGUAUUACUACAUCACGUACUGUUGUGGAAAGUGUUUCGAGAGGUAAGCACUUUUAUAAUUCUUGUCCCAGCCCUCCUCGGACUUAAAGGCAAUCUUGAAAUGACUAUGGCGGCAAGGAUGUCAACCGAGAUGAACACAGGACGAAUGGACACUCUGAAAGAACAGUGGAUCCUCAUUUCGGGAAACCUAGCAUUAACUCAGUGUCAGGCGACAGUGGUAGCAUUUUUGGCGUCACUAUUUGCCAUUGCCAUGGGAGUGAUCCAAGGUCAACAGCCAGUAAGACUCGACCACAGUCUUCUUCUGACUGCAUCUGCGCUCAUUACGGCCUCCGUGGCCUCGCUAGUUCUAGGAGCUGUGAUGUCCGUAAUAAUAAUUUCCUCUAAGAAACUUAGUAUCAAUCCCGACAACGUAUCUAUUCCGAUAGCCGCUUCACUGGGCGACAUCACAACGCUUGCGUUACUUGCUGGUUCUGGAGAUGUACUCUAUACUGGAGCUACCGAUGUGCGUCUAUACAUAUGCAUUGUGAUCUUCUUCACACUAUUUGUUCCAUUAUGGGUUCAGAUCGCCCGUGGAAACGUCUACACUCGAGACGUUAUUGGCCCAGGAUGGGUGCCGAUUAUCUCUGCUAUGUUCAUCUCCAGUGCGGCUGGUUCCAUCAUGGACAUGCAUGAACACCUGUUCCCAAGACUUCCACCUUUACAACCAGUGAUCGCGGGAGUGGCCGGAAAUCUUGUGGCGACCCAGUCAUCUCGAAUUUCUACUUUUCUGUAUGCUCACUCCGAGUUUCACGCUUCACAGGUAUGCGUGAGUCCCGUUUCAGUUUUCCUUGGUAAAGGUCGCAAUUCGCGGACAGCUCGCAUCCUUCUGGCAUUGGUCAUUCCUGGUCAUUUAAUUUUUACCUACUUCUUAUCAUUCUUCGUCGGGCAACUCAAUUUAACCGUCCCUUUCCUCGGGCUUUAUUUGCUCUGCGCAUUGUUCCAGGUAACCAUACUGUUAUAUCUUGCGCGGUGUAUGGUAUUCUGGUUUUGGCAAAAGGGCCUCGACACUGACAGCACAUCUAUCCCGUACCUGACGGCUUUAGGUGAUCUUUUAGGAGUGUCCCUUCUUACACUGUGCUUCUAUUCAUUGCGUAUCAUCGGAGACCCUAAUGCUCUUCCAAAUUUUCUAAGUUAUGCUUCCGGUAGCGUCAACAUAACUACUACAGCUUCCAACGACUCGGAAAAAAUUAUAGAUUCCUUUAUCCCGGCAACAACAUUCAAUUCUUUGUCGUAAUACAAAAUGUGAUCAUUAUGCUCCAGCCUAAGCUAUAUGACCAAUAAUAAAUACAUAAAGUUAAUAAUAUGAGUUUCAAAAAAUUAAUUCAAGAAGU